AGAAAAGAUAAAGCAUAGAAAGCAAAUAAAGGCCACUUGGUUGGGUGGGUGAUCGUGCCGCGAAACGCGCCUGCUCGCUUGCUAAAUCUUCCGUGUGCACGGAUUUGCGCGCCUGCGCCUCUGACACCACACCUUUGUCCAAACUAUGUGUAUUGUGGCAGUGACGAGGUUUAUUGCCUCGUAGCGGCGGAGGCGACGGUGUACGCGGCAUGGAUACACACGAGACGGGCACGACGGAUGAUGCAGCGAGGAUCGCCUCCGUCAGCUGAUCGAAACCUGCGCAAGCGGGCAGUGCCCCUGCAGCUACACCCGGUGGUGCCAAGAUGGCCAGCCUGCAGACGGCCUACCGGGCACUGCCGUCAGACGACACCGAGCUGGAAGGGCCGCACGAGAGCAGCUUGCUCAUCCACACCGUGCCAGACAGCAGCCGUACACGAUGGAACCACGUGGAGGACUUGGAUUCUUUCUUUACGAGGGUCUACCAGUACCAUCAGAAUCAUGGGUUCACCUGUAUGAUGCUUCACGAGAUCUUGGAGCUAGCGAAGUUCGUGUUUGUUGUGGUGUUCUCGACGUUCCUCAUCAAUUGUGUGGACUACCCUGUGCUCUUCCGGAAUAAGCCGCCACCCCACAAUGGCACAAAGGUCACCAUGAGUGACGUGGUCAUCCCCUCUGGCCAAUGUGUUGCUAGGUUUGGGUUCUUCACAUGGCUGAGCCUGGUGGUGGCGACUGUGUACUGGCUGUUCAGGGCCAUCCGCGUUGCCUGUCACCUCAUCCAGUUCAUCGAGAUACGCGCCUUCUACGUGCAUGCCCUUCACAUAUCUGCAAGCGACCUGGACAACAUGACGUGGCACGAAGUGCAGCGGAGGGUGCUGGAAGUGCAAAAGGACCAGCAGAUGUGCAUCCACAAACAGGAACUGACGGAGCUCGACAUCUACAACCGCAUCCUUCGUUACAAGAACUACAUGGUGGCACUGGUGAACAAAGAUGUACUGCCACUGCACUUCACGCUGCCCCUGCUCGGCUCCGUGGUGUACCUCACCCAGGGGCUCAAGUACAACCUCGAGCUCAUCCUCUUCUGGUUCCCGGGCGCCCCCUUUGAGAACACCUGGCACCUGCGGGAGCAGUACAAGCGGCCUGCCAACCGGGACCUCCUCGCACAGCAGCUGUCCAGGCGCAUCCUGUGGGUGGGUCUGGUGAACCUGGUGCUGCUUCCGCUGGUGCUGGCCUGGCAGGUGAUGUACUUCUUCUACAGCUACACUGAUCUCAUCAAGCGGGAGCCAGGUGUGCUCGGUCUGCGGACCUGGUCUCCUUAUGGACGUCUCUUCCUGCGGCACUUCAACGAGCUCGACCACGAACUUAACACCAGAUUAUGCCGUGGCUACCGACCUGCCUGUCAGUACAUGAGCAUCUUCUCUUCUCACAUUGUCAUCAUCCUUGCAAAGAGCGUGACUUUCUUUGCGGGGGCACCGCUGGCGGUGCUGCUGCUACUGACAGUGAUCGACGAGGACGUGCUCUCCGUAGAGCAUGUGCUGAUGAUCGUCACGGUGCUUGGCAUCGUCGUGGCCAUCUCCCGAAACCUCAUCCCCGACGAGAACCUGGUGUGGCGUCCCGAGCGGCUCAUGACCAGCAUCCUUGCCCAGAUCCACUACAUGCCCGACCACUGGAAGGGCCUGUGCCACACGACCGUCGUGCGGGAUCAGUUCGCCCACCUGUUCCAGUACAAAGCCAUGCGCAUUCUGGAGGAAGUGGUCAGCCCAGUGGUCACCCCUCUGGUGCUCAUCUUCGCAAUGCGGCCUCGAGCGCUGGAGCUUGUCGACUUCCUGCGCAACUUCACCGUGGAGGUGGUGGGUGUUGGGGACGUCUGCUCUUUCGCCCUCAUGGAUGUCCGCAAGCACGGAAGCCCACAGUGGAGGCCCGACGAUGGCGGCGAGGACGACGACCACGGUGGCGCGGGAGCCGCUUCCAUCGUCGAGCCGCAGCCUGAACAGCGGCAGGCGCAGCACGGAAAGACUGAGCUGUCUCUCAUGCACUUCACGCUGACCAAUCCCCACUGGGUGCCACCCGAGGGAUCCACUGCAUUCAUCAACAAUCUCAAGGAACGUGUGUGCACAGAAGCAACACGCCUGCCUGCCCUCCACCGAGAAGACAACGUCCUGUUCAACUCUCUCAACUCACUCUCGGGCCUCAAUGUUGAAUACUCGGAGCUGGUGUCAAGCGUGUUGCGUAACAACGGGGCACUGGGCAGCAAUGUUGGCGGAAGUCUGGUGGCCUCGCGCAUGGUGCACAGCGACCUCGGCUCUGCAACCGCAGCAGCGCAAGGAGCGGCGGCGGGCGAGCGCAUCCGUGGUGGCAUCUCGCGCGCUGAGGGACCCUUGGCGACACCUAGCCACGCGAGUCUUCUUAACAGCAUCUGUGUCAGCAACGACCCCUACAGUUCGUCCGUGGUGGGUCCGGAGGUGUCGCUGGAGUCCACUGCAGCCAACAUGAGCUUCAGCACCCUGUUCAUGCACGAGCUGCACCAACGGCACCUGCGGGUGACCACAGGGCGUUCCCUCGGGCCAACGCCGCCUCCUGCCUCAGUCGUGGACCCGGAGUCUCACUCGCGGCUGGUCUGGCAGGGGCUCCCCCACAUCCUCGAGUCUCCUCAGGAAGGCAGCGGUGAGGAUGGCGCGUCGUCCUCCACCACGAGGCAGCCGACGGCAGGCCGGCAAGCUCACCCUCCGCUACUGCCCAGGCCGUGCACAUCUUCACGUGUUGAUGGUGGCGGGAGAGGCUCUUCCGCCGUGGAGAGGACAGUGCGGAUCUAGUCUGAAGUGUAUGCCUCCACCACUUCUGUUGCCAGCUGCCAAACUGGCAGCCAUUGUGCCGUCCAGCGCAGCAGCUCCUUUCAUAAAACAAUACGGACAACCAGACUUGACAGCAAGUCAUCCCUCCUUGGAUGAGAAUGCGUUGGUAAAGUCGAGGAGCAUGCAAGAAACCACACCGACGUGUGCCACUACUGCUUCCCUGGCCAACCCUUUUUAUCUGCUCACCCGCCGCGCCGCCUGCUUUCGAAGCCUGGUGCAUCUUGCAAGACUGCUCAUCAUGCUGAGACCCACGUGCGUGGAUUCUAGGUGCUACUCCAAACUGGGUCGUGUGUGGAUGACCGUCGCUGUGCGCUGAGUGUUGCCACGGUGUUGUGAACUGCGCCGUUGUCGAGCAAAGUCCUUCCUAGAUUUUUUUUUAAAGCUCUUGCUUGGUGAACUGGCAAGAAGGAAAAAAAAAAAAGGAACCUUCGUGAGUGGGUGUGCAACUUCGUGGAUGUGCUCUAUGCAGCUGCAGAUGUGCGACUUUGAACUAAUUGCUGCACUAUUUGUGCAGUAGCGGACAUGCACUUCUGGACCGUGCUUUGCAAGUACAGUGACUGAGCAAUUUCUCUUAGGCAGUUUUAAAGGCAAAAUAGUUUUUAUUUAUCGCCUCGUCCGCUGGCUAAACAGACUGCUUGUUCGCCUGCUUUUUAGUAUGCAAAUAUGAGACCUCAUAAUGUACAGUGCCCGCUGCAGGCUGAUUUGCUCUGAAGAAAAACAAGCAUCUUUUUCCUGUGUAGAAUAACCCCCUCAGACCUUCUAUGUGUGUGUGUGCAAGUGUUUUGUGGUUUUCACAAAGCUCUUUGAAUGGACAUUGUGUGCUGAAAGCCUCUUAGCACUUGAAAAAACCUCAUUGUGGCAAGUUUCAUUUCACCGACCUGCAGCAAGCAAAUUGCCAUCUCAUCCCUAACAAAUUGGAGUCUUGUCCAGAGCGAUUUGCAUUCUCAUCUGGAGCAAAUUGCACUCAUCUGGAGCAAAUUGUCAUCUCAUCCUUUCUCUUUUUGCACACAAAACCUCUGAAGCACAGCAUUUCCUGUGUGCGAGGUUAGGGCACAGGAGACUAAAACCAAGAAAAGUGUUGGCAGUUAGUCAACGCAGUUGUUUUUAGCUAGUUGCCACUGUACCUUUGCUUGUGCGGUCUUGCAACUGUAACACACUUUAAUGUAAAGAUGGUGUUGCUUUUUAAAAGCAUUGGCGAAUGCUGUAUCCUCGUGUAUAGCAAUGGCCUAUUUAUAAGAGCUACUUCAAAGAAUAAAGAAUGAUGAUUGUGUUGGCUA